GCCAAUCAGAUGAGGUCUUCUGUAGACGUGUCGACUUUCUAAUCAAUCGGCGUCGAGAGAGAGCCGGUGGUGCAGAAGAGAGAAGAGAAGGAUAGCUAAACCUUACCAGCUUCUUUGUUUAAUCGCAAACGGGAGAGAGUGAGACCGCGCGCGCAGUUCAGUAAACAUUGAUCGAGUUCAAUAGACUUCUAGUAAUGGCAGCGGCGGCGACUUCUUCUACAGCGGCGGUGCUGGGCGGUGCUCGUUUCCCGGCUGUGGGCCCUUUGUCUCACCGGAGACCCUCUCUCCUCCUCUCACCGUCCCCUCACCGGUCGUUCUCCAGUGCAUCCCUUAACCUCUCUGACUUGCAGAAGUUUUCAGCAAUCAAGACAAGAGCCACCUCCUCAGAAGAAACAUCAAGUUCCAUUGUAACUGAAGAACUACUUGCAGACCUGAAGCAGAAGUGGGAUGCAAUUGAGAACAAACCCACAGUUUUUGUCUAUGGUGGAGGCGCAAUUGUUGCACUAUGGCUAUCUUCUACUUUGAUUGGUGCCAUCAACUCUGUUCCUCUGCUACCAAAGAUUUUGGAGCUGGUUGGGCUUGGUUACACUGGAUGGUUUGUUUACCGCUAUCUUUUGUUUAAGUCCAACAGAAAAGAACUGGCAGAAGACAUAGAAUUUCUAAAGAAGAAGAUUGCAGGGACAGAAUAGAUAGAAAAGCUUGGUAAGCUUCAGAAAGUUGUCACACUUCCCUGUGUAAAUCAUUCUAAGAUUGGUAAUCUUGCGGUUAUUUAUAUUCUUCCCAUGUAAUGCCAUUGAAUACUUUAUGUGUAAUAAUAACUUGGUGUCAUUAAUUAGAGCUAUUAAUUUUUUGCAUUUUA